AUGGUAGGAAUGUACAAUAAAAUCAUGAACAGUACAGCUAACGCAGUUGUCUUCUGUGGAGAAGCUGAUUCCAUGAUGAAAUUAAGAUGGUUGCUGCAUAUGCCAAACAUCGACAAUAAAAUAGCAAAGCCUAAAGGUAAAGUGUGGAUUCUGACAGCCCAGAUGGACUUUAUGUCACUUUACUAUCAAAAUACUUGGGAUGUUCAAGACAUCCAUGGUGCUAUAUCUCUUGCAAUUCACUCCAAUGAAAUCCCUGGAUUCCAACAGUUCCUUUAUGGUAGAAAUCCUACUAGCAUAAAAGAAGAUGGAUUUAUCAGGCAUUUCUGGGUACAAGCAUUUGGCUGUGCAUUCUCAGAUGAGGCUGAAGAGGAGAUCUGCACUGGAGAAGAGAGAUUGGAGCACCUUCCCGGGGUUGUUUUUGAAACAAGCAUGACUGGCUACAGCUACAAUAUCUACAAUGCUGUCCAUGCUGUGGCCCAUGCAUUACAUGCUAUGUAUUCAUCUAGACUGAAGAAUACAGCAAAGAUGGCAGAAAAAAAGGAGUUUCAGAAUGUGCAGCCAUGGCAGCUCCAUCGCUUUCUGAGAGGUGUCUCGUUUAACAACAGUGCUGGGGAACAGGUUUCCUUUGACCACAAUGGGAAUUUAGAAGCAGGAUUUGAUGUUGUCAACUGGGUCACCUUCCCAAAUCAAUCUUUCGUGAGAGCGAAGGUUGGGCAGAUGGAUCCCCGGGCUCCUCUGGAUCAUGCACUUACUGUUAACGGGGAUUCUUUUGAAUGGCACAGCCGGUUUAACCAGGCACAGCCCCUUUCUCUAUGUAAUGCCAAGUGCCAUGCUGGUUACAGCAAGAAACUGAAAGAGGGGGAGCCAUUUUGCUGCUAUGAUUGCAUCCCGUGCCCAGAAGGGAAGAUAUCAGAGCAGGAAGAUAUGGCUGAUUGCUACAAAUGCUCAGAUGACCGAUAUCCAAACAAGGACCACGAUGUAUGCAUCCCCAAAUCUGUGACCUUUUUGUCCUAUGAAGAACCUUUGGGGAUGAGUUCAGCUGUUGUUGCUCUUUCCUUUGGUUUCAUCACAUCCCUGGUGUUGGGAACAUUUGUGAGGCAUCACAACAGUCCCAUAGUCCAAGCCAACAAUAGAAGUCUCACCUAUAGUCUUCUCAUCUCCCUCCUGCUCUGCUUCCUUUCUGCUUUACUAUUCAUUGGCCAACCUGAUAAGGCAACUUGUCUCCUCCGUCAAACUGCUUUUGGUAUUAUCUUUUCAACGGCUGUUUCUUCUGUGUUAGCAAAAACUAUAACUGUGGUUCUGGCUUUCAUGGCCACCAAACCUGGAAGCAGGAUGAGGAAAUGGGUGGGGAAAAGACUGUCAAUUCCCAUUGUUCUUUCCUGCUCCUUUAUUCAAGCAGGUAUUUGUGUUAUUUGGCUAAUAAACUCCCCACCAUUCCCCGAUAUCGACAUGCAUUCAGUGACUGAAGAAGUUGUGUUAGAAUGUAAUGAAGCAUCUCCUAUCAUGUUUUACUGUGUCUUGGGCUACCUUGGCUUCCUGGCCAUUGCCAGCUUCACUGUGGCUUUCUUUGCGAGGAAGUUACCGGACAGUUUUAAUGAAGCCAAGUUCAUCACAUUCAGCAUGUUGGUCUUUUGCAGUGUUUGGUUAUCCUUUGUUCCAAGUUACUUGAGCACUAAAGGGAAAUACAUGGUGGCUGUGGAGAUCUUCUCCAUUAUAACCUCCAGCGCUGGGCUGCUAGUUUGUAUUUUUUCCCCAAAAUGUUACAUUAUUAUUUUUCGGCCUAAGAUGAACAACAAAAAAAUGCUGAAAUGGAGAAAUUGUUGA